AGAACAUAAGGCGGAGAAAUCAUACAUGUCAACAUUAUUAAAAUUUAAAUAAUUUAUACUAUAUUAGUAUUAAAUGUAUUUAUGUUAUUAAUUUUUGUAACUAGAUAAGGCCCUUUCACAAAACUUGUUAGUAUAUAUUGGGGGGGUUGGCACUGUAUCAUUGUCAGUUGCCUGGUAGAAGACCAACGAAAAACACAUUUGCCAUCAUGAAUACUUUCCUAGCUCUUUUCUCUUUGGUUGUUUUGACCUCAGCCGCGCCUCAAUACGGAGGCGGUUCCGCUGGAGGACUCUUAGGCCAUCAUCAACCACUAGAUCACCACAUCAUCGGUUUAAGCGGUGGAAGUGACGAACACGAAGACGAAGGCGGCGACGAAGGUGGUUAUGGACAUAUCGAACUUGGUGGAGGAGGAGGAGGCGGUGGUGGACACCAUGAAGAAUCGCAUCAUGAGGAAUCGCAUCAUGAUUCGAUUGGUUUUACUGGUUCUGAUUUCAAGACGCCUGUAGAUGUACACCACGAAAAAGAAAUUCAUUUGAAGGCCAAACCAGAAUAUCACUACGACUACCACGUAGCUGACCACAAGCACAAGGAUUACAAAAGCAAACAUGAAACCAGAGAUGGUUACAAAGUAAAGGGAUCAUACAGUCUUUUGGAGCCCGACCACAAGACCAUCAGGGUCGUUGACUACGUUUCUGAUAAGAAACUCGGUUUCAUUGCUAAGGUAUCUUACAAGAAACACCAUUAAAGAACUGCUGUUGAUUUGUUAAGUAUUUUGUUAUGUUGUGUAUGUUAUUCGUAUAUAUAGGUAGAUAAUUUGUUAUAAUAUGUUGAC